AUGGCUGGUAAAAGACCCUUACAAAAUUCAAAAACGGUGUCUCAGAAAUCGCGAAAAGUUGCCGGUGUGGCACUUGAUCAGUCCAUUCAAUGCGAAACCAUCGACUAUCGGUAUUGCUCGGUCUCUGAUCUUUUAGAUGCGAUGUUGGAACGUAACACUAACCCAGUAGUUAGAGCGAUGAUUCAUGCUUUGCAAGAUAAGAUAGUCCACACAAUUUCUAACACUAUUGAAGAAGACCGAAAAAGUAGAAGUAUAGUCGUUGCUGGAUUAGCGGAAGAACCUCGUGAACUUCCGGCCUCACGUCGACAAAGUGAGUUAGAAGGCAAGAUCACAGGUAUAUUGGACAUCCUUGAUGUUGAGUGUCGGCCGCAGACUGUACCGGAUGGGUAUGUAUAA